AUGUGGUUGGUUUCAAAAGUUACUGACAAUCACAGUUUGUGUCGAACUUUCGAAGCGAAAGGAGCUCUUUUAACUCGAGAGUGCGAGAUAUUGUUCAAAUUUGUUCAAAGUGUUGCGAAAUCUGAUAAGCAAGAAGAAGGAGAAGGAGAAGGAGAAGCCCUUGGAGGAGUGGGAUGUGCUGGAUUACUUAUCAAAGGAUGCAAGGCACUUGAGAAAGAUGAAGUGUAAAAUCAUCGAUAAACUUUCCCGAGAUGCUCGGGAAGUCAUUUAUACAGCUGCAAGGGAUGGAAUGCCCAUCUUCCUGUACGAUCUCCUAUCCAGGGUACGUCCCAAGGAGAUGCAGAACAUCUAUGUCAAUGAGGGAUAUCAAUCGGAUGAUGGACAGAGUCUUAGUCCCUUCGCAGCGGCUGCUUACUAUGGGCAGCCGGAUGUUCUUAAGAUGCUCAUUGAUAAAUUCAAGCCCAACAUUGAGCAGGAAUGUCCAGUGAGCUAUGACAGGGUUUUAGUGGAGGGUGCAACUGCACUUUGGUGUGCUGCAGGAGCAGGUAAUUUGGAGUGCGUUAAGGUGCUGGUCAGAGCUGGAGCAGAUGUUAAUCAUUGGACAAAGACACAUUCUACGCCUGUACGUGCUGCCUGCUAUAUCGGACGUCUGGAUAUCGUCAAAUUUCUCGUGGCCAACAAGGCCUUCGUGGCUAUGCCAAAUAUUUACAACAACACCUGUCUCAUGAUCGCCAGCCAUCGCGGUCAUCUUGACGUGGUGGAGUUCCUGCUGGGCGAGGGCAUGAAUCCCAACAAGCAAGCCCGCUGUGGAGCCACGGCGCUUCACUACGCAGCCGAAAGUGGCCACAUGGAGAUCUGUGAGAUGCUCCUGAGUCAUGGAGCGGUCAUCAAGCGCAAUGAAUACGGUUUAACACCAGUUUUGUUGGCUGCAGAGAAGGCUCACAGUACAACUGUGAAUGCUUUUAUUGAAUGGCCAGAUUUGAUGACGAAGGAGGAGAAAGUGGAAGCUCUGGAGCUGCUGGGAGCUUCCCAUGCGGCAAAUAUCAAAGAUGGCCAGAGCCUCGAGAAGGCUUUUACGUACCUUCUGGCUGCAAUGGAGAUGCGUCAUGAAGAUCCGGAUCAAGUGAUUCGGAAGACACUAGAAGCUCCAAUUCCCGCCUAUGACAAUUGGAUUGAGUGUCAGACGGUACCAGAAAUGCUGGCCAUUCGUCACAACAGCAAUUCUCUCUACAUGGAGGCUCUGGCCAUUAGGGAGAGAAUUCUGGGCAGGAAGUUUCCAGAUCUGGUCACACCGGUGAUCUAUCAGGGAGCUGUUUGUGCUGAUCAUGGACGUUUCGAUCGCUGUGAAAAUCUCUGGCAUCAUGCACUGUUUCUGAAGCAGAGCAAUGGGAUUGGGGUGUGCAAGGAUCUCCAGAGAUUCUCACAACUCUUCGCCCAGAUGCACACCAUGAGAUUCAGCCUGAGGCUUCCUAGCUUGAUCACAGUUCUCAGUUCAUGCGUGGUGGAAAUGGCCAGGACUACCAAAAGGGUCAAUCAGAUUGAUCCCAUGGCUGACAAUGAGGAUAUUAUUGAUGAAGUAGAUGCCAAUAUCCUGUCCACUCUCUACAUCAUUGCACUGAUCACGAAGGUGCUCAAGGCUAGGAAGCCUGUGGAGCCGGAAGAUCUCAAUCAGGUGUACAAGUUGGUGAGGGAAGUUGUGAGUCUGGACAUGAGGCUCAGAGAUGGUCAGACUCUGCUCCAUUUAGCCGUCAAUGGUUGUCUCCCGAUAGAUGAGUUCCGAACCAGGGAUCUCUGUGGCUUUCCCUGCCCAGAUACAGUGAAGCUCUUGCUGCACUGCGGAGCUUGUCCCAAUGAUGUGGAUUUCGAUCGCAACAAUGCUCUUCACAUUCUCGUUGGCACUAUCAAAGACCCUCCAUCCAGACAGACCAUCCUCACUAUGGAGUAUAUCCUGAGCCGUCUUAUUGCCGCUGGGGCUCAUGUGGAUGCAGUCAAUGACAACGGAAGUACUCCCAGAGAGUCAAUUUACACAAGACAAGUGCAGAGUAUCAUAAGAUCCUAUGAGGUCCGGGAACUGCGUUUGGCUUGCUUGGCAGCUCGUAGGAUCGGCCGCAGCCGACUGGAGUUCAAAGGGAUCGUCCCAAAGCAUCUGGAACCCUUCAUUGAGAUGCACUGCUCAAAUAUGCUCUCACGCAGCGAAUAAGGAGAUUCUUCACUAAUUUCUUUUCUCUUCAACUUCCUGCCAUUUCUUUUGACGGGUUUCUUCGCGACCGAGACUGUGAAUGGGGUUCCCUCAAUCCUUCCAAGGUACGAUACAUUGCUCAAGUCCAGGUGUGCUAUAUUUUUUUUAAUUCUCAAUUAUUUCUUGAGAUAUUUUCUUUUGAAAAGAUUUUAGCAAAACUUUAAAAAAAAACUGGAAGUCAUCUCUUUCUAAAAAAAAGAGGUUUCGUUUUUCAACCUCUUUCCGGGUAAAAGAGUUUCAUACAAACUUUGAAUUACAAAGUGUGUGAUAUAUUGUACCUAAAAUAGAUUUUUUUAUUGUCCAAAAACAAUUAGAAAAAAAGGUUUUCAGAGAAACUUUAAUGGUGCUUAAGGAGAAUUGAUAAAUAAAGUGGAAUAUUUAAUUUAUUAUAAAGAAUUAAGAAAAGAAAACUUUUAGCUUAAUUUUAUUACAGAGAUACGAAGAAAUUUUUCAAUCACUUUUCCAGUGAUUUUUUAAAACUAUUUAGAGACGAGCUUAUUGAUACUAAUAGGAGAAAAUUCUUUGGAGAAAACAAGUAUUGCUAAAAAAAGCUUUUUUAUACAGAAAGAAAAUGUUUAGUUAAAAAUUCUUAAAUUAGGUUUCGGUUGGAGAGGUGUAUUAGUAAUUUAUUGACCAAAACAGUUUUGUAACGUUUCGGAUCGGUUUGAUUCUGCUCCUCUUUCCGUUUGAUGAGAAGGUUCCUUAGGUAGUCUUCUACCUUUAGCUUUUUAACGUACCGUGUUUGAUUUUUCAAUUAAGUCUUCAAUGCCUUCAACAUCCUUAUGCCGAAAAUAGACACAGGCUGAUCCUAGAGAAUACUCAGCUCGUAAAAUUUGGCGGUAAAGGAUCAGCUCAAACUAUCAUACGCUGAGGAUUUAGGAUCAAGGAUUAGCGUUUUCAGCGUAAAUUUCUAUUAAAUCUCCAUACUUUGAUUGCUGAAAGGCUUCUCAAGUGCAAUAUCAAUGGAUUUUUCGUACAGUAAGGAGCACUCUGAUCUUCUCUUUACUCCAAUCUUAAUGCAUUUUAAGAUUUUGCAAUAUUGCGUACCAUUACUCUCCAUGUUUUUUCACCCAAUUGACAUUUCGAAAAGCACCCAAAAACCCCCAAAGUGAAGCUUUUUAUUUUCAGCACUGGCACUGAUGUCGCCCAAUCCCCGUAAUUUCACUAGACCUCAUGAAUUUAAAAGAUCAGCCUGAUCUACGCCUUAAUCCGAGAUGCGACUAAACUCAUUUAUAGCCAUAUAAUGAGUAUGAAAGUGUUUAAUCGCUUUUUGGUUUAAGCUGUAUGUCUGUCAAGGUCCUCACAGAAUGGUUCAAAGUUCAAAUGGUUUGAGGUGAAACUAGUCCGACACAUGACAAGAUUUCGUCGGAGAAGUUGAAUCAUUAUUGCGUUCUAGCCUCAGAUGAAGACUUUGGAUCGAUUGAAGACCGAACCGAAAGGUCUGGAAAGAGUUGCUGUUUUUCUAAGAGUGAUUCCACUUCCCCGGUAAACUCCGGCUCCCAUCAACUGCAAUGUCAGUGACUUCCCUCUUCUCUCUGUCAAAGAAGUUGGUUUGUUACUAACUUUUUUUUAACUGAUUAGUUUGCACGUCCAAAAGGCACACUCCAUGUGCAUUGAAGCAACUGCUACCCCAAGCGUAAUCGUAAGCAUUAUGGAAACGGAUCUACCACGUAUUAUGGCAGAUCGAGAUCUUUCCGAAAUAGUAUUUCACUUCAUCUUGCGGCAUAAUUCUCGUGAUAUAAAUGAUUGUUGGUUCUAAACGAAAUCACUUUUCCUUUAUGGCAAGCUGCCAUGUUGACAAACCUCUGUGAUGACAUUUCAAUGAUGAGACAAAAACUGCUAGAAUUCUCCUAAAAUAAAAAAAAAUGAAUAUAUACCGGUUUUAUCUUUUAAAAAUAAGAGAAUUUUCAAAAAAUAAGAGAAAAAUCACAAAAAAAUAAAGUAAAGACUACUAUGUCUACUUUUGCCACGUCUCUCUCAUACUCCUUCACUGUACCAAUUUUGGUAAUAAUAUGAGUUGGAAGAUCCACUUCAUUACAACAUUUUCUCAUCCUUUUUAACUAAACACGGAUUUUUAAUAUUGAUAUGUAUUAAUGGCCUUUAUACACUAGAGAAAUUUAUGUCCAUAUUGAAGCAGAUUGCCUACGCUUGUGUUGAAAAUACUCUUCAAUAUGGACAUAAAUUUCUCUAGUGUGUAGAGACCAUAACACAGGAUCACUCAUUCGGUUUCUCAGUGAUUUUUUUACUAUGUUCAUUUGAUUAAAGGUUCUUUCCAACUCGGCAUUGGCCCAAUGUAGCGAGAGAAAAUCUUGAGAGCAGAUCUCGUGAGAUCAUGGAAUGUAUUCACACCGAACAGACUGGGCUUUUCUACAUGGUCAUUGCUUUUUUACGCCUUCAUUGUUUUUUUUUACACGUGGAAAAAAAUACUCAAAAAAUUGUUGCACCAAACCAAUUUUUGCACUAAUUUGAUAUUUUUUACGCCUUAUGAGACAAUAUUCUUUAAAAAGAAAAUGAUCUAUUAGUAAAAUUGUCCGUUUAUAAAGUACCUUGAGAAAAGAGCAAAGAGCAAUUGACCGAUCAAUUGCUUUUAGCUCCUGAUUCGAAGUGUUUAGAUUUGGCAAAUUUUACUAAUAAAUCAUUUUCUUUUUAAAGAAUAUUGUCUCAGAGAAUGCAAAAAAACAUCAAAUUGGUGCAAAAAUCUGUUUGGUGCUGCAAUUUUUUGAAUAUCUUUUCCACGUGUAAAAAAUCAAUGACCAUGUAGAAAAGCCUAGUCUGUUCGCUGUGAUUGUCUCCAGCAGCAUCCUUAUGGCUCCUGAUUGCGUACCAAAAAAUUCAAUGAUAUUUCAAUCAAUUUUCGUCGCAAUUUCAUCUGGUUCUCUUCUCUGAAUACAUUUGGAAAUGGAAAUAUGUUAGAUUAUUUUAUCGAAGAUAUUUUCCUCCACUGCUAGGUGAUUGUUUAUCUUCAUUUGUGAAAUUUCAUCCUGAAAACAGUAACCCAGGUGUAGUUUCUGGUGAAGAUGCUGUUCUACAUCGAUAGUUGAAAACGCUCGUACGUUUUUUUAUAUCCUUUUUGUCCUUAAUUAAACCUCUUAAUGUGUUCGAGAUAACUGUGAGCUUGGAAAAUAGUAAAUUUCCCUAAAUCUUCAGGUGUUUCAAUAGGGAUUGUUUCUGUGGCGAUCUAUUAAAAAAUAAGGCGUCUGGAGCAAUUCAUGAUACGCCUAUGAACGGAAUGUUUGCCUGGACUAGCUCCAAAACAUAUCCGAAUAUGAAACUAAACCUUUUCUUUCUGACUUCAUUAGUUCUGAGUAGAGGAAAUAUUUACAUCACAUAGUCUUCAUUUAUUGCGCACAGUGUAUUAAGGUAAAUAAAUAAAAACAAUGACAAAGCGUCCUAGCUUUGCAAAGUGCUCGAACUCAUGAGAUUGAAUAAACCUAUGGGGGUUUAUUCAUGAUCGGAGAUUGAUAUCUCUUAUGUCAAAAAUAGAUUCAGAUUGAUCAUUGAGAAUACUUAGCCCAAAAUUUUUGACGGUUAAUCAGUCUGAACUGUAUCAAACGUUGAGGUUUUAGGAUCAAGGAUAAGAGGUUUCAUUUCUGGAAUACUUUUAAGACUACAAUAUAGCACUAGAGGGGAGAGUAAAGUCACACUUCCGUCACCCUAAAAUUUGCGGAUUUUAAAAAAUUUGUACGUCACAAAAUCGAUAAAAUUGACAUUUCGAAAAAUUUCUAAAAACGCCUAAAUGAAUAUUUAUUAUUUUCACCGCUGGCGCUGAUAUCGCUAAUCCUCGUAAUUACAGGUAACCUCAUUUUAGUCUGAUCUCAUGAUCUUUGUGAUUUAGAUCAGUGGGAAAUUGAAUAACUUAUUGCUCUCUCCCUUUCUCAUUGAGUUCGAGCAUUAAAAAAGAUACACGGGGAUAUACGUAAGUUAUUUCCAAAAAGACUGCGAAAAAAACGUGACAAUUAUUUAGAUAGUUUUAGGUAUUUCUUUUUAAAUUUUAAAUCUGUUAUUGAAUUUUUGCCAAAAGAAAAAUCGAGACAAUUAAUAUAUUUAGAUAAAACAAAAGAAAUGCCAAUAUAAUAAAAUUUACACGAAUAAUUUUUAAAAGAUAGAAAUGAGAUGGCUUCCCGAAAUGUGCACCACAAUUUUUUGAGUUGGUCUUGAACCUUGGUGGAAAAAGGGGACAGAAUAGGUAAUAAUCUGAUGAGAGAUUCUCAAUUAUAAUCUCUUAGUUUUCAUUAAGCCAAUAUUUUUGUAUACUUUCAUAUUAGUCACUAAAAUUUUAAUCUAUAUAUUGUACAAUUAUUUUAUGACUUCGUUUUGUGAUAAUUCUACUUUUCAAUUAAAGGGAUUAUUUUCUAUAUAAAAA